AGUCCCGGAGUCUCAGCCUUCCCCAUUCCAAACCAGUACUAGUAGUACAAACGAGUGCUCCAUCCCUUCUCCUCUAUCAGCUUCCAACACCCUUCUCUUCUCUCUUCUUCUUCAACUAUAUAAAUUCAUCUCCAUCACCCACUUGGGAUCUGUCUCGUUUCCUGCAUCGCAGCCUCUCUGUGUUUCUCUCUCUCUCUCUCUCUCCCUUGUCAGAUUGUUUGUGGAGAAGACUUUAGAUUCUGUUGAACAACAACUGUUUUCCACCUUGAGCUUCUUCUUCUGCUUCGUUUUCCGUUCCCAUUGUUGGUUAAUAAGAAGAAGAGCCAUUCUUUUUCUCUGAUGUUUUGAUAGGAGAGUGAUUGGAUUUUUCUCAGCGGAUGAUGAUGAGGUCUGCCUGUGGCUCCUCCUUUUCAUUUUCUUGGUUUUUGUUUUUUUUUUGAUUCUCGACCUUGACCCAGUGAUUGCUUGAUUCUUGGGAUCGGAUUUCCAUCCGUUUUUCGUACCAGAGAGUAAGCCCAGAUUGUGUUCCUCUCAGCACUGGCAAGAAACCCAGCAUAAGAGCACUACCAAAAGAAGACAUGAUGACAGAGAACACAACCACCACAACAAGCAGCACAGUUUCUUCGUUGGAAUCCAAACCCUUCAGAUUCCGAUCCCAACCCACAGCCCAAGACCCGACCCUCUCCCAAUUCGGAGGCCUACCCACUUCUCCCAGCCCCGAAAACCGCCCCACCCACAGCCCCGGCCGCACCCCCAGCCCCAUCCGCGCCGGCUCUGGCGGCGACGUGCUGCUCCAGUGGGGCCACAAAAAGAGGUCCCGGGUCUCGAGAACCGAGAUCCGGGUCUUGGCUGAUGAGUCCUCCUCAUCAGCCCAAGCAAGACAAGCCAAGGUCCAAAGGAGAGCCGCCCACGCUGCCGCCGUGGCAGACAAGUCCAUGCCUCCGCCGCCUCCUCCUCCCCCGGUCCCUUCUUCCAGCUCAACGUCGUCGUUUUCGAAUGGUAGACUCAGAAAGGAAGCCUCAGGGUUGCUUCCAAACAGGAAUUUGGAAGAUCGAUCCGCUGUGGUUAAUGGGUCGCCCUCGAGAAGCACUGCCGUUGGGAACGGCCGUGCUGCUUCUAGAUCUAUAGCUGGGAAAAGGUCUCCUCCUCCGGAGAAAAGUGAGAGAAAGAUGCCAUCUUGCUCGGGAAGGUCAGCCAAAGAUGACAAGGCAAAUGGGUCAUCUGAUCACCGUGCGAACCAUGUCGAUUCCACCUCAUUACAAUCGGAACAAUUAGCUGGAGCUGCUAACCACUCUGCCGCACCAGCAGCUGAAAAAGUGAACUAUGAAGUGGUCGAGUGGCCGAGAAUUUACGUGGCUUUGUCUAGGAAGGAGAAAGAAGAUGAUUUCCUUGCAAUGAAAGGCACGAAGCUGCCUCAGAGACCCAAGAAAAGGGCCAAGAACAUUGACAGAACUCUUCAGUAUUGUUUCCCAGGGAUGUGGCUAUCUGACUUGACAAGGAAUCGCUAUGAGGUCAGGGAGAAGAAAUGUGUGAAGAAGCAGAAGCGAAGGGGACUGAAAGGGAUGGAGAGCGUGGAAAGUGAUUCCGAGUAGCAGUAAUCCGUCCGAUUAAUUUUUAUAUUCAUGUAAACAAAACUUGUGGAAAAUGAUUUAAAAAAAGUGUGAGAGAGACAGGUUCUAUCCGAGCGGCACAAGGCAGAGAGAGAGGGAGAGACCUUUUUGUAGUCCACCUGUCCUUCUUUUGUAGGACCAUGUGGCUUCGCUCUUUGGUGAUCUACGAGUUUUGUACAGUGGACGACAUGUCGCUAAUGAUAUAUGAGCCGACGACAAGAAGUAGAGUUUCUUUCUAAAGUUGGUGAAUUUCUUUGGUUUCUGUCGUUUAAUUAUUCUCUUUGGUAUUUUUAUGCCAAAAUCUAAAAUCAAUGACAAAAAGCUUGUUCACUUUUCCUUUU